AUGUACACAUUCCUGCCCGAGAACUUCACUCCAGUGAAGCAAAAACCAGUCAAAGAACUGAAACCGAUGAUAGUUGCCAUAGUCCUGGGGCUGAUUCUCUUCAUUGCGGCGGUGAUCGCUUGGUGCUACUAUGUGGCUUCCCUUCGGAAGGCGGAGAGGCUGAAGACGGAGCAGAUGGACCUGAAGACAGAUGGGUUCAUCAUCAAAAACCAGAACGGGGAGGUGGUCUUCGAGGUGGCCUUCCAGUCGGGGGCGCUGGAUCUGGAGUCGUGCUCGAAGGAGGGGGAAAUUUUAACCUGCAGCAGGUCGGACAAAGGCAAGCUCAAUUUCUUCAUACAGACGGUCAAGCCCAAGGACACCGUGAUGUGCUACCGCGUCCGGUGGGAGGAAUUUGUGGCCGACACCGUGGUCGAACACAAAAUGUUCUGGGGGGAUGCCCACUGGUACGGGGGUUGCGAGAUGAGUGUUCAGCACUGGCCAAUCCAGCUCCUGGGAUACCAAGAACCCAUGCCGUUCGUGACUAGCGAUGUGUAUUCUUUCAGGAACAGCUUUGGAGGCAUCUUGGAGAGAUACUGGAUCUCCUCCAAAGCUGCAGCCAUCAAGAUUAAUGACUCUGUGCCCUUUCACCUUGGAUUCAAUUCUUCUGAAAGGUCUCUCUUCUUCCAGGCCAGGUAUAAAGAUUCCCCCUAUAAGCCUCCCCUGGGAAAGCAGCCUUUCCCAGAACUGAGUUACCGUGUCUGUGUAGGUUCAGAUAUCACGUCCAUCCACAAAUACAUGGUGCGGAGAUAUUUCUACAAACCUUCUAAGAUACCUUCAGAAAACGCCUUCAAGUAUCCCAUCUGGUCCACCUGGGCCUUGUACAAAAAUGACAUCGAUCAGGAUAAGUUGCUACGCUUUGCGGAGAAGAUUAAAAUGUAUAAAUUUAACUGCAGCCAUAUCGAAAUAGACGACACUUACACGCAAGCGUAUGGUGAUUUUGACUUUGAUCCAGUAAAAUUCCCGAAUGUGACGGAAACGUUCAAGAAGCUCCGAGAAGAUGGGUUUAAGAUCACGCUGUGGAUUCACCCAUUCAUAAACUACAAUUCCUCCAACUUUGGGGUGGGGAUAGAGAGGCAGCUUUUUAUCAAAGAGCCAACAGGAAGGCUUCCCGCCAUGGUCGAGUGGUGGAACGGCAUUGGCGCCAUCUUGGAUUUCACGAACCCUUCGGCCAGGGACUGGUUUCAGAGUCAUCUGAGGCAGCUUCGCUCUAAGUACGGCAUAUCAUCCUUCAAGUUCGACGCCGGGGAGACUAACUAUCUUCCCAAACAGUUCAGCACCUUCCGCCCCUUAUCAGAUCCCAGCAUUUGGUCCAGGCGGUACACGGAAAUGGCUAUCCCAUUCUAUGAGCUGGCUGAGGUCCGCGUCGGUUACCAGUCUCAGAAUAUCUCUUGCUUCUUCCGGAUCAUUGACCGGGACUCAGUGUGGGGCUACGAACUUGGGCUGAAGUCCUUGAUACCUACUGUCCUGACGAUCAGCAUGCUGGGAUACCCGUUCAUAUCAGCCGACAUGAUUGGCGGGAACUUUUUCCCCAACAAGACGGACGGGGCUGUGGAAAUCCCAGACCAAGAGCUCUACAUCCGCUGGCUGGAAUUGUCCGCCUUCAUGCCGUCCAUGCAAUUCUCCAUCCCACCCUGGCUCUAUGACAGAGAGGUCAUCGAGAUUGCCCAGAAGUUCACACGGCUCCAUGAAUCUUUGGUUGCCCCCCUCUUGUUGGAGUUGGCCGGGGAGAUCACCGACACCGGAGAUCCUAUUAUACGGCCUAUCUGGUGGAUCUCUCCCAAUGAUGAGGCUGCACACAAAAUUGAUUCCCAGUUUCUCAUUGGGGACACCCUCAUGGUGGCUCCGGUCUUAGAACUGGGAAAACAAGAACGAGACGUCUACCUCCCGGCUGGCAAAUGGCGCAGUUACAAAGGAGAGUUGUUUGAAAAGACGCCCCUCCUCCUGACGGACUACCCGGUCGACCUGGAUGAGAUAGCUUAUUUUCUGUGGGUCUCCUAAUCUACUUCAGCUGCCACGACUACCAGCUUUUUAGCUUUGUGAAAGUAAUCAUGCCUUAUUCUAUUACUGUAAAAGCAAAAUAAUUCCUGUGGCUAAGGGAAAGGGAGAACAGGAAGCUG